AGCAGGGAGUCCAAGCGCUCUGACACAAAGAAAGAAGCUUCCUUUCCUCCUCCCCAGCCAUGCCGCCCGCCGGCCACUUCCACCUCCUCCUCCUCCUCCUCUCCACCCUCGUCCAUGCCGCCUCCGCCGCGACGGCCCCCGAGGUGGCCGCGCUCAUGGCCUUCAAGUCGUCCCUCACCAUCCCUCCCGCGGCCGACGCCUUCUUCUCUUCCUGGGACGCCGCGGCGUCCAGCCCCUGCAACUUCGCCGGCGUCACCUGCCGCGGCACCGCCGUCACCGCGCUCUCCGUGCGCGACCUCAACGUCUCCGCCGCGUCCGUCCCGUUCGGCGUCCUCUGCGGCUCGCUUAAAUCGCUCGCCGCGCUCUCGCUCACGUCCAACUCGCUCGCCGGGACCAUCGCCGGCGUCGACGCGUGCGUGGCGCUCCGGGACCUCAGCCUCCCCUUCAACUCCUUCUCCGGUAAGAUCCCCGACCUCUCGCCGCUCGCCGGGCUCCGCACGCUCAACCUCUCCUCCAACGCCUUCUCCGGCUCCUUCCCCUGGUCCGCGCUCGCCGCCAUGCAGGGCCUCCAGGUGCUCUCCGCCGGGGACAACCCGUACCUCACGCCCACCAGGUCCUUCCCGGCCGAGAUCUUCGGGCUCACCAACCUCACCGCGCUCUACCUCUCUGCGGCCAACAUCGUCGGCCCCAUCCCCGCGGGCAUCGGCCGGCUCACCGAGCUCGUCGACCUCGAGCUCGCCGACAACCCCCUCACCGGCGAGAUACCCCGGGCCAUCUCCCAGCUCGUGAAUCUACAGAGCCUCGAGCUCUACAACUGCUCCCUCACCGGCGCUCUCCCGCGAGGGUUCGGGAAGCUGACCAAGCUGCAGUUCUUCGACGCGUCCCAGAACUCACUCACCGGCGAUCUCUCGGAGCUCCGGUCCCUCACGCGGCUCGUCUCACUGCAGCUCUUCUUCAACGGGCUCUCCGGCGAGGUGCCCAAGGAGUUCGGAGAUUUCAAGGAGCUCGUGAACCUGUCGCUCUACACCAACAACCUCACCGGCGAGCUGCCGCGGAAACUGGGGAGCUCGUCGGACGUCAACUUCAUCGACGUGUCGACCAACUCGCUCACGGGACCGAUCCCGCCGGACAUGUGCAAGCGCGGCACCAUGCUGAAGCUGCUGAUGCUCGAGAACAAUUUCUCCGGCGAAAUUCCGGCCGCGUACGCGAGCUGCACCACGCUGCUGAGGUUCAGGGUCAGCAAGAACUCGCUCACCGGCGAGGUGCCCGAGGGACUCUGGGCGCUUCCCAAAGCCGAGAUCAUCGACCUCGAGGGGAACCAGUUCACCGGGGGCAUCGGCGACGGCAUCGGGAAGGCCGCGUCCCUCACCAGCCUCCUCCUCGCCGGGAACAAAUUCUCCGGCGCGAUCCCGUCGUCGAUAGGCGACGCCGGGAAUCUGCAGAGCAUUGACGUGUCGUCGAACGAGCUCUCCGGCGAGAUACCGGCGAGCAUCGGCAAGCUGGUCCACCUCGACAGCCUGGACAUUGCCGCGAACGGGAUCGGCGGUGCCAUCCCGGCGACCCUCGGCUCGUGCUCGUCGCUCAGCACGAUGAACCUCGCCAAGAACAAGCUCGCCGGGGCCAUCCCGUCGGAGCUGCGUGGCCUGACGCGGCUGAAUUGGUUGGACAUGUCGAGCAACGAACUCUCCGGCGCCGUGCCGGCGAUCCUCGCCGAGCUGAAGCUGAGCAACCUGAACCUGUCGGACAACCGGCUCGACGGGCCCGUGCCGCCGGGGCUGGCCAUCUCGGCCUACGGCGAGAGCUUCCUGGGGAACCCCGGCCUGUGCGCCAACAACGGCGCCGGCUUCCUCCGCCGCUGCACGCCGGGAGACGGUGGCCGUUCGGGGAGCACCGCGCGCACGCUCGUCACCUGCCUCCUCGCCAGCAUGGCGGUCCUGCUCGCCGUCCUCGGCGUGGUGAUAUUCAUCAAGAAGCGCCGGCAGCACGCGGAGGCCGCGGCCAUGGCCGGCGGCAACAAGCUGCUGUUCGCGAAGAAGGGGUCCUGGAACGUCAAGUCGUUCAGGAUGAUGGCGUUCGACGAGCGGGAGAUCGUCGGCGGCGUCCGCGACGAGAACCUGAUCGGCAGCGGCGGCUCCGGGAACGUGUACCGCGUCAAGCUCGGGUGCGGCACCGUGGUGGCCGUCAAGCACAUCACCCGUACCCGCGCCGCCGCGCCCGCGAGCGCCGCGCCGACGGCGGCCAUGCUGCCGCGUUCGGCGUCGGCGUCGGCGCGGCAGUGCCGCGAGUUCGACGCGGAGGUGGGCACGCUGAGCUCAAUACGGCACGUCAACGUGGUGAAGCUGCUGUGCAGCGUGACGAGCGAGGACGGCGCCGCCAGCCUGCUGGUGUACGAGCACCUACCCAACGGCAGCCUGUACGAGCGCCUGCACGGCCCGACGGCGAGGAAGCUGGGCGGCCUCGGCUGGCCGGAGCGGUACGAGGUGGCCGUGGGCGCCGCCAGGGGGCUGGAGUACCUCCACCACGGCUGCGGCGACCGGCCCAUCCUCCACCGCGACGUCAAGUCCAGCAACAUCCUGCUCGACGAGGCCUUCAAGCCGCGCAUCGCCGACUUCGGGCUGGCCAAGAUCCUCGACGCCGGCGGCAAGCAGGGCGAGCCGUGGUCAUCGUCGGGCGGCGGCGCGGUGGCGGGGACGGUGGGGUACAUGGCGCCCGAGUACGCCUACACGCGCAAGGUCACCGAGAAGAGCGACGUGUACAGCUUCGGCGUGGUGCUGAUGGAGCUGGCGACGGGGCGCGCCGCGGUGGCCGACGGCGAGGACGUGGUGGAGUGGGCGUCCCGGCGGCUGGACGGGCCCGGGAACGGGCGCGACAAGGCCAUGGCGCUGCUGGACGCGUCGGCGGCGCGGGAGGAGUGGGAGAAGGAGGAGGCCGUGCGGGUGCUGCGCGUGGCGGUGCUGUGCACGAGCCGCACGCCGGCGGUGAGGCCGUCGAUGAGGUCCGUGGUGCAAAUGCUGGAGGACGCCGCCGUGGGGCGCGAGUGCUCCGGCAACGGCAAGCCCGACGACGUGGAGGUCGUCAAGGUCGUCGUCGUCCCCUAGCUAGCCGUUCAACAAGGUUCAGUGCCUCCACAGAAACAUUUUAGAUCCGCCGUAGCCGUCCGAUCAGAGCAACGGACGGCCCUGAUCUGAGCUUGUGUAGAUCAUGUGUGGUAGUAAGAUUGUUCGUUGGUGAGGAAUUACCCAACCAAUCUUGUGUUUGUGUACGUACAGAAGUUAAUUAGAGUGGAAUUCCAAAAAUGGUGAAGUGAACUAGUUGCGUGUGUAGAGCAUGUGUGGUAGUAAGAGCCUGUUUAAGAUUGCUCUGUUCUUUAAAAUUCAGCUCUACUUU